AUGGCAGUCGGAGGUGGCGUUAAUAAUUCUUCCGGGGAAAAGGAUGAUCCUUACAGCCUGCUUUUAACGGGGAAUGUUGAUGUCCCCGACGAUAAAGUUAUCAAUGAUAUUUUCUCUGAAAGAACAACGAAACAUGCCGACGAUGCCAUAGAUUACGAAGACAUAGACGAGUUAGCGGAUGAAGACGAAGAAGAGUUACCUGAGAUCAAAAACGCUGAAGACAACGAUGAUUUGGAUGUUGGAGGUGCAGAGGAACAUAAUCUUCAGGAUAACGCAAACAAUGAGUUUGAUGCAUUAUUUGGAGAUGAAGAAGACGCAAAUGGUGAGCACGACCAUGGUUUCCAAGCUCCAGGGCACGAUGUUCUAGAUUCUCAUGUGGGUAUGGAUAUAUUGGAUGAUUUCAGCGGGAAUAUGGUCUACGAAGAUGAUGGGCUCCAUCAUUUGGAUUUGGGCUUUGAAGACGACAAGCCCGAAAGUAUGAAUGGCAAGGGCACAAUGAUGUCCCACGGCCUCAAAAAGAAGCGCAAAUCAUUAGAACAAAUCCAAGCUAAGAAAGAAAAGUUGAGGAAACUAGUUCAAGAUAUGGAAACUCGUCAGAAAGCCAGAAUGGUGUCUAAGUAUUUUCCAGAUUACAAACCAGAAAAACCAUACAACCACCACAAAAUGGUCCUUACAGAACCAAAGUUUUACGCGUACAAACGCCCGCCUAUAGCAUUUAAGCUGAACUUGAAACCUCUCAUACCAUUGAAAUUAUCGUUGGAGGUUGAGCCAGAUCAACGGAAAGCUUUCAGGUCCAAGAGAGAUAUGCUUGGCCUUACUUCCCAACAAACAGGGAUUACAUAUAUUUCACAGAAGGAUUUGGAUUUCAUUGCUAGUCUUGAAUCGGAUGGUGAUAGCAUUAUCAAGCUCACAAGUCUACCUUUUAUAAAACUGGACGGAAUUGAUGAUGAUAAGUUCAGUGAUUUCAGCAAGGAUCUCAUCUUAGCGACUGCUGACUGGGAUGACGAUUCCAUUCUUGAUGCCGGAGGCUCGGAUGAGGAACAUCAUGUAAACAGUGUCACCAAGAAGCCAAUUAGCGAAGAGUUGGAAAAUGAGGAAUUAAUUUACGAUGACGACAAUAUUUUUGAGGGUAAUGCUGCUCCUGAGAAAUUAGAGUUGAAUAUGAAUGAUCCAAAUCUUCUUUUUAUUCCCGACAAGAAGAAGUACGAAGUAACGAAAUCGAAGGCUGUUAUUCCUCUUGAUCAGAAAACGCUCCAAAUGAAGUUCAACAUUUCCAAUGAUCGCAGCUAUGAUAUUCUUAAGAGCAAUUAUAAUACGAAGGUCAGAAGCCAGUUGAGUAACUUGAAUAUCGAGCAUUCUCUUCCUGCAUUGCGUCUCCAGACCCCAUACUACAAGAUCAAACUUACUAAAGAGCAAGCGAGGGCUUUCCAUAGAGCAAAAUUCCAGGUGAGGCAGGGAUCUUUAAUAUGUUUUUCUAAACCCAAAGUGCGGAAAAAGAAGAAGGAUCGUGGAAAGACAGCGCAAGAGAUUUUCAGCCUGUCGGCUGACUUGACGACAACAGAUACAAGCCCUAUUAUUGCGAUGGAAUAUUCUGAAGAAGCACCGAAGAUUCUAUCAAACUUUGGUAUGGGAAGUAAGUUGAUUAAUUACUAUCGUAAGGAGAAAGAGGACGAUAAUUCUCGGCCAAAAGCCCCGCUUGGAGAAACUCAUGUCUUGGGUGUUGAGGACCGAUCACCAUUUUGGAACUUUGGACAUGUUGCUAAGGGCGACUUUGUGCCUACCCUUUACAACAACAUGAUCAGAGCACCUGUUUUCAAACAAGAAGCCAAAUCGACAGAUUUCCUUUUAAUUCGCUCUCAGGGUUGCGGAAAUCACCAAAGGUACUACUUAAAGAGGAUGGAUCACUUGUUCGCAGUGGGAAACAUAUUUCCGGCAGUGGAAGUACCAGCACCACAUUCCAGAAAAGUUACAAAUACAUCUAAGAACAGGUUGAAAAUGAUUGUGUUCCGUACUAUGAACAAAAAUGGUACGGCGAGAUUGUCGGUCAAAGAUAUCUCUCUGCAUUUUCCUGAUCAGAAUGACAUGCAAAACAGACAAAGAUUAAAAGAGUUUAUGGAAUAUCAAAGACAGGGAGAUGACCAGGGUUUCUGGAAGAUUAGGAAUAGUUCAACUGUCCCCACUGAAGAAGAAAUUAGAUCCAUGAUUACCCCGGAAGAUGUUGCAUUAUUAGAUAGUAUGCAACAUGGCCAACAGGUUUUGGACGAUAUCGACUCUUUAUUCAAUGACGAUUCACGUAAGGUUGAGGUUAAAAAGGAGAAGAAGGAGAAGGACAAGACGAAGGAUAAAGAAAAAGAAAAAGAGGAUGCCGACGCUGAAGACAAAGAACGGUCAGCUCAAGGUGAAAGGAAAAGGAGAGAUAAAGACGUUGACAUUGAUGAAACUAUUGAUGAAGGUCUGACGCCAUGGAGCUCGUCAAGAAGUUUCAUAAUAGCGAAUCAAACAAAAGCUAUGCUACAACUCAAUGGAGAGGGUGAUCCCUCCGGAAUUGGAUUGGGUUUUUCUCUAUUGCGGGCCACACAGAAGCAUGGUUUCAGACCAUUGUUCCCACCGCCGAAGGAGAGUGUGCCCAAAAACACAACUGCUUCUUAUCAGCAACGUCUUUACGAGGCGGAGGUAUCGCGCAUUUGGUAUGCUCAGAGAAGUUCUUUGACGGUUGACAAUCGUGAAGGACAUACUCUUGAAGAUAUCUACAAAGAGUAUAAACCAGCAAACCAUGAUGAAUACUUUAAGAGUAAGUUUGAAAAAGAGAAGGAGGAUAGGGUCAAAAAUGAGGGCCCACAAAGUGCUAAACGCAAUGUUUUGAAAAUCACACGUUUAGUCAGAGACGAAAAUGACGUUGUGCAACGUAAAGUUGAGUAUGUUCAUGAUCCUCGUCUAAUCAAGGCAUACAUCAAGCGCAAGAAGCGCAUUGAAGGUGACAAGAUGUCGAUGGUCGAUGUGAAUGAAAUUCUUCCUACUAAUGAUGCAGAGAUGAACAAGAUUCGUCGCCGGGCUUUGGAGGAAAAGAUUGCGAACUUGCAAAAAAGAGCCAAGCUUAGUAAAGGUAGAAAACCUCAUAAGGACCCACUACAUCUUGCGGCAGCUGCUGGUGGCACCAUUAUUGAUGCGAACACGGUCUUGCUUCCUGACGGUUCUAUUGCCUUUGGUGGUAAAGGUAUAGGAAAGGGUAAAAGUACUACAAGAAGGUGUGCAUCAUGUGGUGCCUUUGGCCACAUCAGAACAAACAAAGCAUGUCCUUUGUAUGCGCAUACUAAGGGUGGUACCGUACAGAUUCCCCAGGAACAGAAAGAUAUUUUACUUGCUCAAAUCAAGAGCGAGAAAAAAGCCGCUGGAGCUGAAACAGCGACACCCUCUAAUGUGGGAACUCCGGUUUUGCCUGAGGAUACGGAAGGUCUGCCUUCUGCUCCACAGACUUGA